AUGGCAGAUUUUCUUGUGGCUUGCCUGGUGAUGCCAUUUAGCAUCGUUUAUGAAGUGACCGGCAUGUGGAUGUUUGGGAAAGAGUUCUGCAAAGUCUGGAUCUCAUUUGACGUCAUGUUCUGCACGGCUUCCAUCGUCACCUUGUGUUUCAUCAGCCUAGACAGAUACUGCUCUGUCGUAACACCCUAUCGUUAUUCAAAGAGGAUGUCGCGGCAAAGGUGCAUCAUAAUGACCUGCGCUGUCUGGAUAUAUUCUUUCCUGAUUUCCUUUUUGCCCGUCAUGAAAGGCUGGAAUGAGAUACCCGGCGUGGAUUUUGACGCAAGCAGAGAGUGCGUCUUCGUCACCAACUGGGCUUUUGCCAUUGUAGCUUCAGCUCUGGCCUUCUUCAUCCCCUUUGCCAUCAUGUGCAGUAUGUAUGUGUUCAUCUACCGUGCGUCGAGGCUCAAGGCCUCCCGCAUCGUUUCUCAGACCCUCGACCUUCACUACCACCCACAGAGUAAACGCCAGAACAGCCUGCAGCUGGAAAACAAGGCAACUCGCACCAUCAGCAUCCUCAUAUCCGUCUUCAUACUGUGUUGGCUGCCGUAUUUUGUCUUCAAUGUAUGGCUAGCCAGCCGAGGGGCCAAUUCCACCAGCAAAGUCCUUGUUGCCACCUUCAAGAUCAUCACCUGGCUGGGCUAUUGCAAUUCCACAAUCAACCCAAUGCUCUAUGCUUUCCUCAACCGGGACUUUCAGCGGGCUUUGAAGAAAGUGCUGACCUGCAGGCGCAAGUCUCAAGUGGGCACGGGUGAGGACAUCGUUUCGAUAGUUACAUUCGCAAAGACAGCUCAAGACCCCAGAGUUCAAGGGGAAAGAAGAUCUGUGUUCUGCAGCUCUGAAUAA